AUCAAAUGAAUAUGACAAAUCAACAGAAUAAUGAUGAUAAUGAUAAACGUGAAAGAUCGAAUAAUAAAAUAAUUUCGAAUCAUUUGAAUCCAAAUUCGAAUCAUUGGUGGAAAGUAUGUUGGUUUUAUGAUCAACAACAUCAACGAUAUUCGAAUGGUACGAAUUUAAUAAAUUCAUUGAAACAACAAAAUCGUAAAUAUUUUACAUUACCAAAUCGACGUCUACGACAAUCAUCAACGACAUCGAAAUCGACACAGAUGCAUAACAUUGAAGAUAAAUGCGAUGAACAAAUUCAGCCAAAUGGAACGAAUACAAACACAUUCGAAUCAUCCACACCACCACCACUAUCACUACCGACUACAGUCAACAAUGAUGAAGACAAUGUGAAUGUUGUGAUAUCAUCAUCAUUAUCGAUGGCUAGAGAUCAUCCUAAUGGUAAUAUUAUCCAUCAUCAUCCUCAUCAUCAUCAAACAAAUGAAUCCUCGAAAUCACAAAAAGAAAUAUCAUCCUAA